AAAAAAAAAAAAAAAAAAAAAAAAAACUCACAGGGAACAAAUAAAAUUCACAUUUGUGCAGGUUGUGGUCUGCAAAAAUCUACAGGGAUGUCAGCAUCUUCAAUAGCCUAGAUAGUUGACAUAAACUUGAGUAUUGAUACUGUAUAGUACAGUGUAUCAUCCGUGUCAAAGACUGUAAACUUAUCCUCUUUAAAAUCCACGUCAGUCUCACACCAGAGGGAAAAAAACAAAACAAAAUAAUUCAGGUUUUAGUAGAUUAUUCUCUCAUUGCCUUUCAUACUGUAAAACGCAAGUUAAGCCGACCUCCACAACUGUCCAGUUAUUCUAAGGAAGUCAAGCUAUAACUUAGGCUACUUGUCAUUUAUUAAUAGCUCAGCAUUUCCCUUGAAACAGUUUGAUGACAACAUGAUAUGCUGCCAGGGAAACAUAUGCUACACAUUUUGGCACGGUAUAGCUUAUUCGUGGGAUGUAUUAGCUGGUAUAGUCUCUAAACACAACAGCUCAUAGCUGAGGUUCAGUCUUUUUGUGCGUUUCUAUCGCAGACACUUGGUAAAGUGGCACUUUCCUGUUAGCAGUGAGCUGUACACAGGCCGGCUGUGUGUCCUCUGCGAGCACAGAUUGAGCCGCGGGCGUUGCCAUGGCUACACAACGACCCAAUGAGAAGCUCGCGGUGGACUGUUGCUGAAUGAAAAAUAACAGAGGCCAUUUUGCGCAGGAAGCCACUACAUCAUUCAAUUAUAAUAAAAAAAAACGGAAACGGGAGGCAGGUUCAGUCCUUUUGUGGGCAGACAGUGAGUGUUUUCGAGCCCGGCAGAGCGGUGUGUGGCCGCGGAGCGACUGGCGCUUGUGGUCAAAAAAAAAAAAAAAAAAAAAGACAUGCGGUAAUUGUGCCGCGUCGCCUCUUCCUUGGAGGUUACCAUCGUGAGGAAAGGAAAGGGGGCAGGACAGCUCCGCCGCAUUGCUAUGCGAGCCCCAGUGACCCCCGAGAGAGGAAGUCGCCUUUAGUUAGCUGACCGACACCGGCAACAUCCAUGCGCGUCGAAAAACAGGUGUACGGUUUCAUCACACGGACACUGCACUAGCUUCUCAGCCGCUGUAGCUGCCUGUGUGUGAGUGUGUGUGUGUGUGUGUGUGUGUGUGUGUGUGUACUUCGGCGCCUGUCUGAGUGAGGACUUCACUCAUUUCACAUGGAAGAGGCUGAUUACCUGGCGAUAUGUUGAGGAAUUAGUCGAGUGAGCAGGCAGUCGUUUUAAGGCUUUAGGCAGGGUCACAUCUCGGAAUAAAGUUUGACCAGGAGGAGAGAUCUAUUCUGAGCAGUGGGAAGAAGAAAGAAAAAAAAAAUCUGAAUAUAAGAAGAGAGAGGAAGGAAAAGGCAUUUGGGCACACAGCUCACCUAUACCUGACUCUUCUUAGCAAGUCUCCAGUCUUUUGGUUUUAUGACGGAAAGUGUGUCCCCCUGCAGUAGACCAGUAAGAAGUGCUCUUCAAUAUGAAUACAGGUACAGAUAGCGGAGGAUACGCUCGCAAAAGCGUGGCCUUGUCGCUUGUACUCUCUCCCGUGAAGAGGGUCCAGAGCUCACCAAAUCUAGCCACAGGGAGUGAUUCUCACUCAUCAGACUUGGAUUCUUGGCGGUCACGCAGUGCAACAGAUGGCCUUAAGAAUGGAGACGCCAGCAGCUCGUCUCUUGCUGCCAAAGGCUUCCGCAGUGUCAGACCCAACCUGCAAGAAAAAAAGUCACCAACACAGGGGCCUCCCUCUCCCGACCCCACAGCACGGCACUCCCCCUAUCGCUGUCACAGCUCAGACUCACUCGACUACCUGUCAGGCCUAAUGCCCAAGGCUCUAUCGCCCACCCCGUAUGUCCCUAGUGGAGCUGGCAGCGGAGCUGGCAGCACAGCUGGCGCAGUCAGUGGGCCGAGCCUUACUACAGUCAGCAAUGUGAGCAUCGGUGGUUGCGUGUCACCCUCCGCUUCCCCCGUGACGGUGUCAGCUCUCAGCCACUACUCUUCGUCCACGGCGGGUCUGCUGGACGAGCUGCAGAUCUGUAGCCUGGACUCACCUGGCGCCUCACCCACACCAUCGCCCACCCUCAGCCAUGUCUCCACCUACACAUCCACUGCUGGCCCUGAUGAUGUGCUAACAACCUCUGUGGCCUCCACUGCAGCAGCAGCCACUGUCACUAACGGCCAGGUCCUCUCUCACGCUAUGAAUGGAAGUACUGGCCCUCCACAGAGGCCCCUCUCUCCCCCAUCUUAUCCUCCUCCCCCCACCUCACUCACUCACACUGGCCUCCAGAGACAGAGCAGGAGCUCAGCCGGCAGUGAGUCACUUACACGAGAGUCUGUGGUGUCCGGCCACACCAGCGUCAGCAGCACUGUGCCCAUUGCUCGCUUCUCAGAGGAAGAGAAAAAGGUUUCCGUCAUUAAAGCGCCCCAUUAUGAAGGCAUCGGCCCUGUGGACGAGUCUGGCAUCCCUAUCGCCAUCCGCACGACGGUGGAUCGGCCCAAGGAUUGGUACAAAACUAUGUUCAAACAGAUCCACAAGGUUCACAAAGCAGAUGAUGACUAUUCUGAUACAUACAAUGCAACAUACGCUGUCAUUAACAAUGAAGACUACAGCCUGUCAUCUAACACCACCAUGGCCCACCCAGCUCCACGGACACAUACCUACAGGCCACUUGUCAAGAGCCCCUCAGACAACGGAGGGCAUCUGGGCCCUCGGGAGCCUUCACCAUCUCCUGUACCUCCACCACCCCCACCCAUGCCCUCCCUCCUCCAGCUGAGGGCCAGAGACAGCGAUAAAGACGCACCAGAUAUGAAUGAAUGGGGUCCUCCUGACAGGAAAGUUGACACACGAAAGUACCGUGCUGAGCCCAAGAGUAUUUUUGAAUACGAGCCUGGGAAGUCCUCAAUUUUGGAACACGAAAGACCAACCUAUGAUGACAUAGAUUUAGAGAACGAGCCUUGGUAUAAGUUCUUUUCCGAGCUGGAGUUUGGGCGGCCGCCUCCUAAAAAACGGCUGGAUUAUAAUCCAGACAUCUCGGCUCGCCAGCGCAUUGAGACAUCUCUGCACAUCGCUCCUGCUGACAAGGCUCCAGAGAGACCUGCAAGUGUUGCCAGCGACUACAGGAAGAGAAGGAAGUCUGAGCCUUCAAGUUCCCAAGCAAAUGCCCAGUCUUAUCAGGGCAGAUCUGUGACUUCCCCUAAACCAGUGGAUGCCUACAGACCCAGCAGCAGCCUAAAGAAACCUGUCAUUCGUUCCUCACCAUCCUCACCCUCCAGAGCCAAAGACCAGGAUGUCUCCAGGAGUUAUUCUACUAUGGAUGGACGCCGCACACCCCAGAGUAGAAGACCUACUCCUGACAGAGAGGUGUCCCAUAAACAGAUGACACAACUUAUUCUGUUCUCUCUCCUCCAUCAGAACCAGCCUGCGAGAGCCAUUUAUGAUUUUAAGGCACAGACAGCUAAGGAGCUGACAUUUAAGAAGGGCGAUGCGGUGAACAUCAUCAGACAGAUAGACAACAACUGGUAUGAAGGAGAGCACCGUGGACGGGUGGGGAUAUUUCCCAUAUCCUAUGUAGAGAAAAUGCCGUCCUCAGAGAAGCAGCAACCGAUCCGGCCUCCUCCACCAGCACAUGUCAGAGAGAUUGGAGAGGCAGUGGCUCGCUACAACUUCAAUGCUGAUACUAAUGUGGAGUUGUCUCUCAGAAAGGGUGAGAGAGUCAUUGUGAUCAGGCAGGUAGACCAGAACUGGUAUGAGGGGAAGAUCCCAGACACAACCAAACAGGGCAUCUUUCCAGUUUCCUACGUUGACAUCGUCAAACGCUCCCCGUCCAAGAGCUCCGCCCACCACGUUGACCCACAUGGUUACCCUGGAAACAGGACACCAAGCUCUACACCCAAGCGAUUAGUCCAGGAUGCACUCCACGGUGGGGGAGACCCGUACCAGGCCCUGUACAACUACCAGCCUCGCAACGAGGACGAGCUGGAGCUGAGGGAGGGAGACAUUGUGGAUGUGAUGGAGAAGUGUGAUGAUGGCUGGUUUGUUGGGACCUCUCGAAGGAGCAAGUUGUUUGGAACUUUCCCAGGAAACUACGUGAAGCAGCUAUAAUGAUGAUUCCAGACCCCUUUUGGCCCCGCCCCUUUCUGUGACACGUUCAUCGCCCCGUCAGCACAGCACCUGCAGGUCACCACAUCCCAAGAGUGGCCGCCCCAAGACCCGUCGCACAUUUUAUGUAUUUGCGUGUAAUGCGUGGCGGGUCGGCUUCACACAGACAGAACGUUUAGCUCUAACUAGCCAUCUUUGACGGAAGACUUCUAUAAAAAAUAAUGUUGUUUUUUUAACCUUAUCUUUUUAUCCUUAUUUUUCUAUCAUGGAGAACCCAAACUUUGUGCUCCUGUCAGUGACCUUUAACUUUUGACACUGAUGGAAGGAUAUCGAAGGAACUUUGCAAACACUCAAUGAUAGUAAACAGCGCACCGCAGUCGUGCUUUUCUUUCUGUUUCAACCUUUUAAAGGGCAGUAAAAUCACCACAAUCACCUUUUCUUUUUCUUUUUUUUUUUUAAAUUUCAGCUGCAUAUUUAAAAACACUUGUUACAAUUCAUGUCAGUGUUCAAUCACAAUUAUCCCCAAAGACAUUGAGCGCGGAGAGUGUUGUAAAAACAGUAUUCUGUCAGCAGGUCUGUUGUGCAGCCAUGUCAGGUAAAAGAUUGUUACUUUCCACAGUUACAUGUGGAAAGGAAAGACAUGCAUGUAUCAAUGUUAUGUAUUACCCAAGGUAUUGAUUGGUUGAUGGAAAAAGUAUAAAGGUAUAAAAGGAUAUAUUUUAUCCUUUAACACAAUCAUGAAUUACUGCUAAUAUUGCAAAUGAGGAGGUGUAAAAAAAAAAAAUUAUUGACACUAUUGUUAAUACAUUAGAUUUAAACUUUUAGAUAAGAAAAUACAAAAAGAUUCAACUUGUUGGUUUCAAUGUUCUGUCAUCUUCACACUAGGAUUGAUGCACUUUAACGACUCUUUAACACAAAUUUGUGUUUUGUUUUAUUUCAAAAAUUUCACUUUGGAUUUUUACACACGAGAGGUUACUCUGACGGUGGGGCUUUCGGGGGGGAUCUUGGUCAUGUGGGAAAAGUGUAUGCAAAAAAGGUUACCAACCUUUUAGGUAUUAUAUUUAUUAGAGGACGAACACUGGUCAAACUGUGUUAUAAGACGAUUGUAGAAAGGAUGGAACAAUAUUUUGCUUUUAUUGUAUUGAGGAAGCGAACAUCUUUUAACAGCAGCGAACCCACAUUUAAAGGAUUGUUAUUUUAUUGUCAAGUUAAGUAUCACGGCGAAUAACACACUAGUUGAUGGGCUAUAAUGGAUUGCCAGGUGUCAUUAUGUUUUAUGUUGAAUUUAUUUAAGUCAGACGCAGGAUGAAAUGGUAUUUUAUCAAAAACUCUGGUCUUGUAACUGCAGUUUUUCCACUAGAUUGUGGUGGCAUCUUUUAAACCCUGCUGUCAGAGUGAGAGGGUAGUGUGUCACUGUUUCAUGUGUUUAUAUAAUAUUUUACUUAUUGGUAAUUUCCAUCUUAGCUUGUCUUGCUCAGUGAGUAUGAUUUUUUUUUUUUUUCUCAUUUUACCUGUUUCACAUAGAAUGGACACUGACAACAAAACAAUUGUUAAAGCACCUUAAGAUAUAUUUUGUUUUAUCAUUCAUUGUCCCUCACGUCACCUCCUGUCAUUCACUAUUUCAGCUGGUGUGAGAACACAAUGUGUGUGUGCGUGUGUGUGUGUGUGUGUAUGUGUGUGUGUGUGUCUGUGGUGUUUUUGUAAGCCUUUUGUAUGAGAGCUGUAAAAUGGCCAACAUCCACUUGCUUUAUAAAGUCAGCUUUUUCUCACCCACCAUCACAUUUGGUUUCCUCUCUUUCUUUCUUCAUGUUUUCUUCAUCAGUGGUGCUACUUUUCAAUUUUUUUGAAAAGCCGUCAUCAUAGCCGGGCGCGUAGGCCCUUUUUUUCCAGUUAUUCGUGAUUCAGUUAAGAUUCAGUGACAUAUUUAAACAAAAGUUACUGUUAGGUAGAUUGAGUAGAGUUGGUGAUUGCUGCCUUAUAGCCAACUCACUAAUUUAAUAGCCAUGUAUAUGUGAACCUCUUCUGUGAUGCAAAAAAUUAAUUUAUGCAUAUGUAGUUUAGAAAACAUCAGGAAAGUGUGUUGAAGUGUGCACAGAACAUAACCACAAACUCCACAGUGUUGAAACACUAGUCUAGUCUGCCUUUGAUACUACAAUAGGAACAGAUUUGGACAGAAGACGUGAAUUUGACUCCUGAUAUGUUUAUACAUGUAAUGAAAAUGUAAAUCUUAUAUGUUAUUCAUGUUAUUAUCAAAUUCAAUGCACACUCUUGGAGUAUUUCUACAAUAUCUUAGCAUUUGUUGGAUGAUUUUAUGGGGCUGUGUUGCUAAUAAAAUCCAGCUGUUAGAUGACA